AUGCCACACCCCCUCUCCCUGGCCUUGGAAGCACCCAACGGCAUCAAGUAUGAACAACCAGUUGGCCUUUUCAUUGAUAACGAGUUUGUUCCCGCAAAGUCAGGGGACCUCAUCAAAUCUAUUUGUCCCUUCAACGAAAAAGAAAUUGCCCAAGUCCACGCCGCAGGCCUCCACGAUGUUGACGAUGCCGUCGCAGCCGCAAGAAAAGCGUUCCACGGUCCCUGGGCAAAUAUCUCAGCAACAGCCCGAGGCGAGCUGUUGAUGAAGUUGGCAUCACUCAUCGAGACCAACGCCAGUGUGCUGGCAACCAUCGAAGCUUGGGAUGGCGGCAAACCCUAUGCUUCCGCUCUGGAAGGCGACCUGGCAGAGGUCCUGGCUGUUAUUCGAUACUAUGCGGGCUAUGCCGACAAGAUGCACGGCCAAGUGAUAGAAACAGAGUCGAAUCAACAUGUCUACACUAUACGAGAGCCUAUUGGUGUAUGCGGGCAUAUUAUCCCGUGGAACUACCCCCUCAGUAUGGCGGCUUGGAAGCUUGCUCCUGCCCUAGCGGCUGGAAAUACUAUAGUUCUCAAGGCUGCAGAGCAGACACCAUUGUCGAUCCUGUUUUUUGCAACCUUGAUUAAGGAAGCCGGAUUCCCAGCAGGAGUCGUGAAUAUCAUCAACGGCUAUGGUAGGGUCGCAGGUGCAGCUUUAGCUAGCCAUCUCGACGUUGACAAGAUCGGGUUUACGGGCUCUACAGAGACUGGCAAGCAGAUCCAAAGACUGGCUGCAUCAAAUCUAAAGAACAUUACUCUUGAAACAGGUGGUAAAUCACCAAUGAUUGUGUUCGAGGAUGCAGACCUUUCCAAGGCCGCCUACUGGGCUCAUAUCGGGAUUAUGGGCAACUCGGGCCAGAUAUGUACCGCCAAUAGUCGAAUAUUUGUCCACGAGUCUGUUCUCAAAGACUUCUUGGGUCUUUUCAAAACACAAGUACAAACCGCACGCAUGGGGGAUCCAUUUGUUCCUGAGACGUUCCAGGGCCCGCAAGUAAGUCGCUUGCAGCGUGAUCGAGUCCUCGAGUAUAUCAAAAGCGGCGUGUAUCAGGGGGCAACCGUGGCUAUCGGGGGAAAGGCUUGGACAGAUCCUCAAUCUGGAAAGGGUUUUUUUAUUGAGCCCACUGUCUUUGUCGAUGUUCGGGAUGACAUGACGAUAUAUAGGGAAGAGAUAUUUGGCCCGGUGGCUAUUGUUGUGAGCUUCAAGAGUGAGGAAGAGGCAGUGCUCCGAGGAAAUGAUUCGCAGUUUGGCCUCGGAGCAGCGGUUUUUACCAAGGACCUUGGUAGGGCGCAUCGGAUCGCAAGACGGAUUGAAAGCGGUACGGUUUGGAUCAACAGCAGUAACAAUUCAGACCCUCGUGUACCGUUCGGUGGAGUUAAACAAUCGGGGAUCGGGAGAGAAUGUGGCACGGCGGGUAUUGAGGCAUACACGAACAUCAAGUCUGUUUUUGUAACUCUUGAUUGA